AUGGAUGGAAGUGUUGAUGGCCUGACAGCAACGGGUACUGUUCGUGUCAAAGUGUGUGACAUCAAUGACAACAGGCCAACACUGGAAAAAGAAGUGUACUCUGGCACCAUUGUAGAAAACACAGCUGAUGUUGAGGUCAUGAGAUUUAUAGUGGUGGAUGCUGACGAAGAAAACACAGACAACUGGCUGGCAGUUUUUGAUAUCGUAUCCGGAAACGAUGAUGGGACAUUCAGGAUAGAGACAGAUCCCAAAACAAACGAAGGUGUUCUCAUACUUGAAAAGGCUGUGGAUUUUGAAGAAACUCCUGAUAUAAAGCUUGGAGUGAUGGUGUCCAACGUUGCACCAUUUGUGGUGGGGAAGGAGGAGGACAUGGGGCUGGAGGCGGAGGAGGAGGAGGGGCUGGAGAACGACAUGGGGCUGGAGGCGGAGGAGGAGGAGAGGCUGGAGAACGACAUGGGGCUGGAGGCGAAGGAGGAGGAGGGGCUGGAGAACGACAUGGGGCUGGAGGCAAAUUAG